UGUAACAUUAAUGGCAUCUGAUUGGCUGAAUUCUGCUUCUACUCGUAAUUUAAAAAGUAUUAGUUGUUUUCGCUUUGAACGUGGCAUUUUUAUAAUUUGCUUUUAAAAGUUAUUUAUUAUCGUCGUCGAAUAUUUUAAUGGAAUUAUAAUCUCAACACAAUAGAGUAUUGUGCAGCUGAACUAUCAACUUUACUUGAAAUUUUGUAUAAUUAACAACGAAAUGAUAAAUUAUUUAUAAUUUAUUAUAAAUAAGACUUAAUUAAAAGCGUUUUUAAAUUUAAAUAAAUUGUUACGAAAGUGAUGGAUUCGAUUCUUUUGUAUUCCAGUCAAAAAGGAAAGGGAAAAGUUUUAUUUGAACAAAAGUAUUCGAUUAAUGAAGAAACACGCAAAAAAUUUACAAUGAAUCAAGAACAAAACGAUUCAACGCAUAUUUAUGAAGAUAAAAGUCAAUGUGCAAUAUCAGAAAAUUCAUUUAAUAAUAAAAGAAUGACAAAUUCGAAUUUGUCAUCCACAACUCCAAGUAAAAAUUCCUUACAAAUAUCUUAUAAUCCAUUUGAAGUGAAACCAGAAAGCUUACAACUUCAUUCUUGUUCGCCUUCAGUGUUUACAUCUUUGGAAACUAAAGAAAAGAAAAAGACUUUUCGAUGGUCAAUCGAACAGCUAGCAACAUUACAUCCUGUAGAUAUUGAUGAAACUUCUCAACAGGAAUCGGGACAUGUCUAUCUGGAUUCAGAAAUGGAAGAAAAAGCUCAGAAAGCAAUUGAGACCUUUUUUUCUCAAAAUAACGUUGUUCCUUCUCCUUGGGGAGCAUUUGAAAAACACGUUACUUUUUCUCCAAAUCUUGCAGCUACUGCUUAUUAUACAAGACAUGAAGAAUCAACUAAUGAUUCACAAGAUUACAACUCAAAUUAUAAGAAGGAUGUAUGGACACAAACUAUGUUAACCCUACCUCCAAAUGUCAAUCUAAUGAAACUUUUAGCACCUUACUUCACAUUCAAAGAAGUCCCUAAUAAUAGUUAUUGUAAUGAAAUAGAAGAUGAAUUAUAUAAUGAGGCAGAUUCAUUGAGUAAUUAUUCAUUAAGACGUAAACUGUUUUCACAAGGAACUGAUAGAUUUCUUGCUCAUUCAUUACACACAACCAAAUUAGAAUCUUCUCCACUUACUCCCAAAUCUCAAAGUGAUCAUGAUGAUAGCCAUAUUUGUACUCCUACCUCAUCUCAAUUUUCAUCUAGUCAAUUAACUCCUCGUAACUGUUCAGCGAUAGUUGGCACUUAUUGUACUCCACCAGAAAUUUCACCAAUUGGAAAAUCGGUAUUUCAAACUCCAUCUACGGGUUCCAGAUCUGAAGGAAUAGAUAUAUUACCGAGUAGUUCUUCUUCGACAGAACAUGAAAAAUCUCAGAAAUUUUCAUUAAAAUCAAGUUAUUUAUUAUCCUGUAGUAAAAUAAAAGAAAACGAUUCAAAAUUGGAGAUGAUGCCAAUUAAAGAAAUUCCAAAACUAAAUGUUGAUGUUUUAGAUACUUCAGUUGCAGAUAUGAGUUGUGAAAGUGCAACAAAUAAUGUAUGCUUUGAAUCAUCAAUUAUUGAUAACCAAGCAAAUGAAACAAAGAUGUUAGAUAAAGAAAUGAAUUUAAGUUAUCAAGAUACUGCUCUUCAAGGCAAACAUAAACAACUUGACUUGCAACAUAAUUCUGUAACUCAAGACACAGGUUAUCAAACUGGUAGUUCUCAAUGUGUUCAAUUGAAUAUUCAGCCUGGCUUACAUCAUUAUUAUUUACCUAAUAAUGUCCAAGCAUUAGGCAGCAGUAAUAUUUCCACUUCAAACUUUUUGCAAGAUGAUUCAUCUGGAAAUACUAAAGAACAAAUUACAUUACCCAAUAUUCAUGAAAAACUAAUUCAAAACAGCUCUAGUAAUGCAAGUUCAAAUUUUUCUGUAACAGCAUUUCAAGAGCAAUGUCCUUCAGAAGGAUUUAAUUCUUUAUCUUGGAAGCCUUAUCAAUGCUCAACUCCAAGUAAAAAUGAUGAUAAUAAUAUACAAAUCUUAUGAUUUUUGAAUUUCGUAAUUUUAUGAAAUUCAUUUAUAUAUGGUAUUUUUAAUAUUAAAUUUCAUAUUUUGCUCAAUAUUUUUAUACAAAUUUCUGAUCAGACUGGACUUAAAACUUAUUAAGCAUUUAUUAUUUAUAAAUCAUAAUCCAUUUUAUGCUUUUAUAUCAAGUUUUUCAUUAUCACUUUCAACUCCUGCCUUAAUACUUUUAAUAGAUUUACUCAACUUACAUAAACUGUUUUAAGUGUACUUACUAUAAUAAAUAUAAUUAUAUAAAUUCCAAGAUUAUUUAAUUGGUUAUAUAAUUAAUUCAUGAGUAGACAUGCUUAUUGUAAUAUAAUGUAUAUAAGUAUCUAGAGAGAAGAUAUUGCUUUGAAUAAAUAAAAAUGUAUGUCAAAUACUCAAUAAACUUUGGCAUAAUAAAUCCAGAAA